CUCCUCCUCAACAUUAGCGAGUCCAACAGGAAGCGGCAGUACUGUGCAGCGAAUGGGGAUCGGCAUGACGAGCUUGGUGAAGAAGAUGGUAGUCUGCGGUGGCGGCAGGAGCUUCCCGGGCGGGCUGCCGGAAGGCCGUAUCUGGGUGUGCGUGGGCACGGAGGGGGCGGCGGUGCAGAGGUUCGAGGUGGAGGCGAACUUCUUGAACCACCCGCUCUUCGAGGACCUGCUGCGGCUGUCGGUGCCGGAGUUCGGCUACGCAUACGAGGGGGCGCUGCGGGUCGCGUGCGGCACCGACUUCUUUCUCUACUUGCUCCAGCGGCUGAGGAGCAGCGACCCCUCCGUCCACUACAUGGAGCUGCAGGACCUGAUGGCCAGCUUCUACGAGUCGGCGGGCGGUAGCGGACAACAUCGUCCGAGUUGCCACCACCACCGCCGCCGCCGCCGAUUCUAAUUUUCCUAUAACAAAACAAUUCUCUAAUUCUUUUUUUUUUUCUUCUAAAAAAAAAGAAGAAAUAUUUGCUCUCUGCUUGUAAUUAAAUAUUAUUAUUGUUUUACUUAUAUACAUACAUUCUUGAAAAGAUUUGG